AUGGAUACAUCUGACGACGUGAAUAUAUUGAAAAUUCUUUUUGAAGAAGAAUAUGAUGAUGACGUUUCGCUCUUAUAUUUGUCAGAAGAAAAAAGAAAAGGCCGUGAUCAAUUAUUUACAAAGAGAAGUACGGAGGGUUAUUAUGGAAUACUAAUCAACGGUCAUUUGAAUAAUAAUGAAAUCAAAUUUCGAGAAUUUUUUAGAAUAAAUCGUAAUCAGUUUGAUUUUAUUUUAAAUUUAAUAAGAGACGGCCUAGCCUUAAAUCCGACUUUUUUUUUUUUAUAAGGAAACCAAUAACUUCAUCUUCUACUUUGCUAAAUUUGGUCAUUGGAGCACUCAUUGUUGAAAGACACGACCAACGUCAACCAGCAGUCAAUCAUAAAUGA